ACUGUUAAUUUAUUUGCUAUACGAUAUAUCAGUGUAACUUUAGUCAAAUAUAUAUAUUCAAUUGUUGGCUUAAAGUGGGAGUAAACAGCUAAUUAAUGCAAAGAAACGCAUACAAAUUUACUAAAAAUAUUUAUAUCAGUUACGAUAAAAGCUCUUAAUUCUCGUAUUUUUUAACGAAAAGUACCAGAAAUCAUUGAUAUAAUGCUGGUCUUGGUUCUUGGUGAUCUCCAUAUUCCACACCGUUGUAGCAGCUUACCACCUAAGUUUAAGAAGUUGCUUCUUCCUGGUAGGAUCCAACACAUACUCUGUACAGGUAACCUCUGUACAAAAGAGUCGUACGACUACUUGAAGACGUUGGCUAGCGAUGUUCACGUCGUUAGGGGAGAUUUUGAUGAGAACUCCACAUAUCCUGAGCAAAAAGUGAUAACUGUUGGACAGUUUCGCAUUGGACUGAUCCAUGGUCACCAAGUCGUGCCGUGGGGUGAUGAGGAGUCUCUUGCAUUAGUGCAAAGGCAAUUGGACGUGGACAUACUUAUAUCUGGUCACACACAUCGGUUUGAAGCAUAUGAACAUGAGAACAAAUUUUAUAUAAACCCGGGUUCUGCAACUGGUGCUUAUAGCCCUUUGUAUAGGAAUGCAACACCAUCAUUCGUAUUAAUGGACAUCCAGAGCUCCACAGUCGUCACAUACGUAUACAAACUGCUCGGUGAUGAAGUUAAAGUGGAACGAAUUGAAUAUAAGAAAGCGUAGUUUAUAAACAUUUUAUAUUUUGUAAGUCGGUAAGUAUUUUAUCAAAUGUGUCUACUUUGUAUUGUAUAAAGAAAUUAUUAUGUAUUGUUCAUUUUAUUUCAAGUUGAGAUAAACCAAAAUUAUAUAAUUAUAAAUGUUUCUUUUCAAAUCUUUAGAUUAUGUGUACACAUACAGAAAUAAUAUUUAAAUUGAUUAUUUUAAUAAAAAUAAAUAAAUAAUGACCUCAUUGAUUUCGGCUGAGUUUUUAUAGAAAUUAGCAAACUGCGCAGGUGACAUUAUAGUGCACUAGUGUUUGUUCAAACACAGAUGCAAUGUUUAAUCCCUUACUUUCAUGAUGCAUUGGAAAGGCAAUCUCACAAUCGUGGAGAGUUCAGAUAGGACCAACAUUUUACGUGCUUACGGAGGCCCAGAACAGUAAACACUGCCAGCUUCUGUAUUCCAGGCUGCUACUUAGAAUAUAUUAAAAGAAAAACUCACUACGUUUUUACUAUUUGAACAGAGGUUUUUGUAAUCUGUCGCCUUAUAAGCAAACCUUUACAUUAAUGAGGCAGUAAAACAUAUAAAGAUAAAACCAGUCUCUCGUUAAAGAAUUAAGUGUUAAAUCUUAGUAGGUCCGCAUAUAUAUAUAUAUAUAUAGAAUAGGUAGGACGUGCAUAUGGGCCACUCAUGGUAAGUGGUCACCAACACCCAUAGGUGUUGGCAUUGUAAUAAAUGUUAACCAUCGCUUACAUCGCCAAUGCACCACCAACGUUGGGAACUAAGAUGUUAUGUCCCUUGUGCCUGUAUUACACUGGCUCACUCACCCUUUAAACUGGCACACAAUAAAACCAAGUACUGCUGUUUUGCGGUAGAAUAUCUACACAGACUUGAUGUAAUGAAUGAUAAUAGCACCAUAUUCCUCACUAGAAUGGUGGCAUUCUGGCAAUUUUGAGUUUUUUUUAAAUAUUUGUUCCAGUUAUAUUUUAUCGUUUUUUUAGAAUAUAGAAGGCAGACGAGCAUAUGGGCCACCUGAUAGUAAGUGGUCACCAACGCCCUUAGACAUUAGCAUUGUAAGAAAUGUCAACCAUCGCUUACUUAGCCAAUGCACCACCAACCUUGGGAACUAAGAUUUUAUGUUCUUUGUUUCAUUUAAUUACACUGGCUCACUCACCCUUCAAACUGGAACACAACAAUAUCAAGUAUACAAGGUCCUGUCUUAAAGUAUCAAAGUUGAUGUUAUUUAUAAUUUUAAAUCUGUAACUAACAUAAUAUGUAAAGCCAUAGUAUAUAAAAUUACUUCUUCCAUUAUAUAGUUUGAUACAUAGGAAUUAUGUAUGUAAAGAUUAUUUAAAAUAUUUGUACAUGUAUACAAGAGGAAAAAAUUAAAAUUUUUAUAACAAUCAACCAGCAAUUUUAAAGUUUUUUUUUUUCACAAUGAAUAUUAGGUACAGUCAGAAAAACAAAUUAUGUAAAUCUUAACUAGUUAACUUUAAAGUAAGAAAUAUGUAAACAAAAUGUUAUAUAAUAUAUAAUAUACUUAUA